UGUUUCACUUCACUUUCAUUGCGGAACUUGCAUACAGUGAACGUGUUUGCUUUUACCGAGAUAAUUUCUGUUUGUCUCUGUCGAAUAUGAAUAAUUAUUCGUUUAAAUCUGCCGUGCAACCGAAACCUAUCCCGUGCUGUCAAGACUUUUUGCUUCAUAUAUUCUUUGGGUUUCUCCUGCUGGCUUGUCAUUCCUUUGGGUUCAGUUUAGAGACACAGCAUCCAAGAGUUUUCACUGCACCCGAAGUAGGCUCUCAUUUUGGCCAUCAGGUUUGUCAUUUUGGACCAACGCAAGGAAACAGUGUGUUAGUGACAGCCCCUAACCUUCAUAAUGGAACUGGUGGUCUUUAUAGGUGUUCUUACAGUAGUAAUCAAUGUAUGCUGCUCCCAGUGACAGUUGAUCCAGGCAUUGCAUUUGGUUUGGCUCUUGCCUGUGAUGUUGAUCAAGCUUUGGUGUGUGGCCCUCGUCUGAAGCAUAAAUGUGAGGGGUUUAACUAUCUUAAUGGUCAGUGUGUGACGAUCAGUCCACAGUUUACUGCUGCUGACACACUGAAGCCAGCUUUCCAGGAGUGUCAUGUUAUUCCCCCUCUGGAUGCAGUUAUUCUGUUUGAUGACUCUGGCAGUAUCACCUCAGAAAAUUUUGAAACAAUGAUCAGAUUUAUCAAGAACUUAACUGCAAUGUUUUUGGAUACACGAGCACAGGUGGCAGUUGCCAAAUUCUCCACAAGGGUGUCGGCUGUCUUUCACUUUGAGAACUUUGCAGUGAAUAGAGACCCCGACCAACUAAUGAAAGAUGUGACCCAGGCACAGGGACAUACAUACACACCUUCUGCAAUACGUUUUGUGCUAGAAGAGAUGUUUUCCGAGAAGGUGGGCAUGCGAAGCAACUCUCAGAAGUUAUUGCUGGUGAUCACUGAUGGAAAAUCAAAUGACCCCAAAGAAGAAUUUAAGAAUGUCAUCCCUAAAGCCAAUGAACGAGGCAUUACACGAUUUGCUAUUGGGAUUGGUAAGGAAUACUCUCAUCCUGAGCUGGAGCUGAUUGCAUCUUCCCCUCAGUUUGUGUUUGAGACAGAGAGUUUCAGUGCUCUCACCUUGAUACUAAACCAACUAAGAGAAAAAAUAUUCUCCAUUGAAGGAACUGAUACAGGGAACUUCAGCUCUCUUCAGAUGGAAUUAUCACAGGGGGGUUUUAGUGUGUCACUUUCUGAGGGUUCAAGGAUGUUUGGAGCAGUUGGGGCAUAUUCCUGGUCAGGAGGAAUAGUGCAGGAUCUCACUCACCAAAUGCUCAAUUCAUCAUUCAUUAAUGCCACAAACAUGGAGGAGGACAUUAGAGAUUCCUAUUUGGGUUACUCGGUUGCUGUGGCAUCAGUGAAUGGUCAUGUUGUGUACUUCGCGGGAGCACCAAGGCAUAGACACAUAGGGCUGGUGCUGGGGUUUACACAGAACAAUCGGAACCACAGCUGGACCAUCAGUCACAGGAUAUAUGGAUCACAGCUGGGCUCAUAUUUUGGGGCAGAAUUGUGUGUGGUUGGUGUUUCUGAGUUGUUAGCAGUCGGAGCUCCGUUAUAUCAUGCUCAUGGAGUGGGAGGAGAGGUUCGGAUAUGCCCACUGAACACUACAAUCCAAGAACUCAACUGCUCAGUGAUUCUCCGUGGGGUGGUGGGGAAUGAGUUUGGCCGGUUUGGUACUUCUCUGGCAGCUAUACAGGACCUGAAUGGAGAUGGCUUUAAGGAGUUGGCAGUGGGGGCACCUCAAGAAGAGAAAGGCAAGGGUGCCAUCUACAUAUUUUUGGGACAAUCAGGCGGUCUCAGAACAGAAUACAGUCAGAGAGUGAGUGGAGCAUCUGUGGGAGGUGGCCUGCAGUAUUUCGGAGUUGCUCUUCACUCUGCAGGAGAUCUGACCUCAGACGCUCUUACUGAUGUAGUGGUGGGCUCUAGAGGUGCAGUUACAGUACUAAGGUCUCAGCCUGUCAUGUGUUUGCCUAUAACCGUCACUGUUGAUCCACCAAUUAUCGAUCAGAAAUUCUUUCAUUGCUCUGCCCCCCUCGGUCUCAACACCCCAGUUGCCACAGUUACAAUCUGUGUCACUGUAAAAAAGAUUGUCAUGGGUGAUAUACAAGGUCAUCUUGAUUCCAUGGUGUCAGUGGCUCUGGAGCUGGAGCUGGACCCUUGGGCCAGAGCACCUCGGCUAUUAUUUGUUCCCAGAUCAGCCUCAUUUCUCUGGACCUUCACCAGCAACCUGAGCAGCAUUUCCCCUGUCUGCACUACACAAUACAUCGGCAUCCCGGAGUGUAUUUCAGAUUACCAUGAAGUUCCUCUCUCUGGGAAGAUGAAAGUAACAACAGAAGUUAUUCCAGGAACAGGAGGGCUGAGGCCAGUGCUGAGCCCCGACUGCUGGCCUGCAUUUACAAAGAUGGUGGUUCUGGAGAAAGUAUGCGGGGAAGAUCACGUGUGUAUUUCGGAUUUAAAUGUGUCUCUAUCUUUUUUGAGUGAUACUGUAGUGAGUGCAGCUGGUUACCCAGUGACUUUCUCAGUGGAGGUAUCCAAUAAUGGAGAAGAUUCCACAGAUACAGAGCUUUUCCUUCAUCAUCCGACUACCCUCUCCUUUACCAAAACGGUCAGAUGCUCUUUAAAUAAGUUUCUUAAUAAACAACUUUUUCUAUACUACAUAGGUACAGUGGCAAGACAAAGUUUUUGUAUCCUUUGUUCCAUUGUAUCCUUUUUUGUAUCAGGAUUUCUGUACUGACUCCUAAUAAAAUGUGGUUUGAUCCUAUCAGAAAUUAAAAAUUAAAGCAAAGCUUUUAAUCUGACUUAACUAAAAGCACACAACAACUGUAUUUUCAAAACUGUAUUGAAUACUUUUAGUGACCAAUGACAAGGCAGGCAGAAAAAAAAUAUGUAGGAAAUUUCACUCAAGAAUGAAAAUUCUGUCUUCAUUUACCUAACCUCAAGAUGUUCCCAUCUCCGUGAUGUAUGUGUGCUAUCAGGGAUCAGAAGCAGCAAUAAAUUCCAGUGCCCUCAUGAGCGCUGAACAGCCGUUGACAUUCUGGAGCUCACAUGUCCGAAAAUGUUGACGCAAAUGAUCAAACCGACAUUAUCUUUAUUAACAAAGUGCAUAUUUGAACUGUAAACAAGUACAUUCUCACCUGAAACCUCUUAAAAACCACUUUCCGUGACACAAAAACAGUAUUAUUUUUUAAAUUAUAGUAUACAAUUACAAAUGGUAAGUCCUGUUGGACUCUAAUAUUGCACUCUCAUUAACCAAUCAGAUUCAAGGACCAGAAAAAAAAAAAUACAUUUGGACUUUUCAGGUUAAUUUAUGUCAAUUUAUAUCCGGCCGCAUCAGUUGACCACAUGUGGGUAUCUUGGCUCAUUCCACCUCAUGUUGUGUUACGGUCAGUAUACAGUCAUGUGAGAAAGACAUUGGUUUUAAGAAGAAACAAUAUCAAAAGUGACAAAUAAAGAAAUAAACAAUUUUAACAGUAUGGGCACCAGUGUUGGGAAGGUUACUUUACAGAUCACAAGUUACCCUAUUUACACUUAAAAAACAUUUAAAGCAGUGACAUGACGAGUCGAGACAGUGAAGUGAUGAUCCAUCUGCAGGCUUUAUUACAGUAGUCAAAUACAGGCAUCAGUCGAUACCGGCAAACAGUGGUAAACGAGGCAAGACAAAAGAGUAAUCCAGGAAACAGGUGAGGGUCAAUCUACGGGAAACAAUAUCUAACAGUGCUAAACAAAGGGUUAAUCCAGUAUUCAGGGAAGGGGUCAGGGCAGGCAGUGAAUAAGCAAGACAAGAUAAACAGGCAAGGACCAAGGGCAUGGGCAAUCAGGCGAAAACAAGACAAAACUAGACUAUCAACUCAGAUGUAGCUAUAAAUGGCUCUGUAAUGCUGCUAAUGGCUAAAUAGUAUUCGGAACUGAAUGAGGGUGAACGUGUGUGUUAAAUAGUCCAUCGGAUAGGGCACUUGCUAAUCAACAUUGUGAGAAAUGGAUUGUGGGAAAUGUAGUCCAGAGUGAAAUGCAACAGUGUGUGUGUGGUGUGAGAGUCUUUGUGGUGCAAAAAAGACCUCUGGUGGAGAACUGGAGGAAGAACAAGGACUUUGUGACAGAAUCCCCCAACAGGACAGUCAGAGAGUUCACAGACGAUCUCCUUGGCCAUAUCAGGACAGGCUGAGAGUUCAUGGGUCACCUCUGUGGUCACUGAGAAACAGGCACCAACACCCUUAGAGGCGCUGAAGAGCACCAGGGCAGAGUAGAUGAUUUCCAUGCAGAUCCAACAGAACCGAAGAUCCUCACAGUGGAGCAGACGAGCACCAGGGUAGAGCCGAUGGAGCUGAGGACUUCAGCAGAGCUGACAGUACAGGAGACCACCAAAAUAGUCCAGGCUGGACAGACGCCUACCAAUAUGGAGCCGUUGAGACAGGAAACCACCAAGGUGGAUCAGGACUGAAACACGGAACAUAGAGAGGUUAACAAAGGCCUGACAGGCAGACAGUUCAGAAACGGCAUCUUUGAUCGUAACAGAAGUAGUAGAGAAUUCAGGGGCAGCCCUUUUGACCGUGACAGGACAGACAGAGAGUUCACAGACAACCUCCUUUGUUGUGGACAGUCACAGAGUUCAGGAUCAGCCUUCUUGGCCAUGGCAGGACAAACAGAGAGCUCAGGAACGGCCUCCUUGGCCAGGACAGAGCAAACAGAGUUCAGCAAUGGCCUCCUUGGCUGUGACAAGGCAAACAGAGAGCUCAGGAAAGGCCUCUUUGGCCAGGACAGUGCAAACAGAGAGUUCAGAAAUGGCCUCUUUGGCUGGGACAGGGCAAACAGAAAGUUCACAAGUGGGUACCCACAUGUUGAGGAAAGGUGAGGCAGAUAGCGCCAAGUGGGCUCUGGAGCGAACUUAGGGACAGAAGUAGACUCUGGAGCAGAUUUAGGCACCACCUUCUCAGGGGGUUCUGCAGCAGAUGCUGCCACUUUGAGAGGUUCUGCAGCGUGACGGGGCGAGACUCUGGAACGGCGGCCAUUUUGGGGAAAGUAUCUAGGUUGGUAGUCACUUUACAGGCAAAGGGUAAUAAUAAUAAUAACCUUUAUUUAACCAGGUAAGUCAGCUGAGAACCAGUUCUCAUUUACAAUGACGACCUGGCCAAGAGGCAGCAUAAGUAUAACAGGUACAAAACAAUACAACACAUAACACAAUUAUAAACAAAAACAAACAAACAAAAAAAUAAUAAUAAUAAUAAUAAUAAAAAAAAAAACUAAAAACAAGUACAAUAAUCCUGUACUAUAGACUGAAUUAAUUUUUUAAAAGUAGUAAGUGAAACAAAUGACCUAAGCUUUAAAGUCUGCUGCAAAUUAUUCCAGUCACUGGCAGCAGAAAACUGAAAAGAAUAACGACCAAAAGAAGUACGAACUUUAGGUAUACAAAAAUUAAUAAAACUAUUAGAACGCAGAUUAUGACUUGUAUGACUAUGAAUAUUAAAAAGUGACUGCAAAUAUAAUGGUGUUUUCCCAAUAAAGGUUUUUAUAAAUAAACAAAAAACAAUGAAUUUGUCUACGAGAAUGAAGAGAAUGAAGCCAGUUCAAUAGAGAAUACAGGUGACAAUGAUGAGUGUUAAAUGCAGCUCCAGUCACAAAGCGGAUUGCAGCAUGGUAAAUAACUAUGGGAUGAUAUUAGACUCAAAACGAUUAAUGGAUG